GUUGCGGCGGUUGCGGCGUGGGCGGUUCGUGAGGGGAGCGCUCUGCUGUGUGUCCCCCCUCACACACCCCCGGCUGGGAAAAGGGGGUGCCCCUGCCCUCCCUGAGGGGAAUUGUGUGUCCCCUCCCGUCCCCUGACCCUCAGCCCGGCGGCAGAUAAUGACACCAGAACAGAGUCCAGCGACUUCCCUCAUUGACAGAACCAUCAAGAUGAAGAAGGAGACUGAAGCCCGGAAAGUGGUCUGGGCCUGGGGACUCCUUAAUGUGUCUGUUGCAGGCAUGAUAUAUACUGAAAUGACUGGAAAACUCAUAAGCUCAUAUUACAACAUCACGUACUGGCCACUCUGGUAUAUUGAACUUGCCCUCGCAUCUCUGUUUAGCCUGAAUGCCUUGUUUGAUUUCUGGAUGUACUUCAAAUACACAGUGGCACCGACAAGCUUGGUCAUGAGUCCUGGCCAGCAGACCCUCCUGGGGUUGCAGAAUGCAGCAGUACAAACAACUCCACCGCGUGAGCUGUCAGCAAAGAAAGUCCCAUCUUCGACGCCUUCUCCUCCGAUCCAGGGUCAAAGUGUGCUGAGUUACAGCCCAUCCCGCUCCCCCAGUGCCAGUCCAAAGUUUACUACCAGUUGUAUUGCAGGAUACAGCCCUCAGCUACAGGCUUUGCCAAGCAACAGUGCUUCUUACGGCAGCGCUGUAACCUAUUCACCAAGCAGCAGCUACAAUAAGGUCUCCAGCUUCAGCCCCUCUCCCAGUGGAUCACCAUACCCCACGAGUAUUGGACCAGUGGAAAGCGGGGGGCUACGGUCUCGUUACCGCUCUUCACCCAUUCCCUAUAAUUCUCCUACUGGCAAAGAAGACUAUAUGACAGACCUCAAGUCACUGGACACCUUCCUUCGAAACGAAGAAGAGAAACAGUACAGAGUUCAGCUAGGAAGUUCAGAUUCCAGCUCUCCUUCUAGCAGCCCAACUUUUUGGAACUACAGCCGUUCCAUGGCAGACAACGCACAGAUGCUGAGAAAGUUCCAGUAUCAGCCAGCUUGCAGGUCCCAGGCUCCAUCAGCCCACAAGGAUGACGCUGAUCUGAGCUCAAAACAAGCUGCAGAAGAGGUUUGGGCACGGGUGACAAUGAACCGACAGCUCCUUGAUCACAUGGAUUCCUGGACCGCUAAAUUCAGAAACUGGAUUAAUGAGACUAUUCUAGUGCCACUUGUCCAAGAGAUCGAGUCUGUGAGCACUCAGAUGAGAAGAAUGGGGUGUCCCGAAUUGCAGAUCGGAGAAGCCAGCAUCAGCAGUUUGAAGCAGGCAGCUCUCGUUAAAGCUCCGCUCAUUCCAACUCUGAACACUAUAGUGCAGUAUUUGGAUCUUACACCAAACCAGGAGUAUUUGGUCGAACGGAUCAAAGAGCUUUCUCAGGGAGGAUGCAUGAGUUCAUUCCGAUGGAACAGAGGAGGGGAUUUCAAAGGCCGCAAGUGGGACACCGAUUUGCCCACUGACUCCUCUAUCAUUAUGCAUGUGUUCUGCACUUACCUCGACUCCAGGCUGCCACCUCACCCCAAGUAUCCCGAUGGCAAAACCUUCACUUCCCAACACUUCAUUCAGACACCAGAUAAACCAGACACUUCAAAUGAAAACGUGUUUUGCAUCUACCAGAGCAGCAUCAAUCCGCCCCACUACGAGCUGAUCUACCAGCGCCACGUCUACAACCUUCCCAAGGGCAGAAACAACAUGUUCCACACGUUGCUUAUGUUUCUGUACAUCAUAAAGACAAAAGAAUCUGGGAUGUUGGGGCGUGUAAAUCUCGGUUUAUCAGGAGUCAACGUUCUGUGGAUUUUUGGAGACUGACCUCUCUGGCGGAAGCCGGUUCAGAGGAACGACGCUCCUCUGGCGAGACGAACCGAGCGCCGUCCUUCCGUGGUUGACUCAAACACGCACUUACUACGAAAGGCGAUAAUUCAGGCUCUGCUUCGUGGGCCGAGGGGAAGCGUUUCUAAUUUCCUCUGCGGGUUUGGAGACAUUAUUUAAAACAUUUCACCCUCAAAAUGCUACUACGAGUGAAAUCCAGGCAGGGUUUCUCUUUCCGGCUCCUCACCUCAACGGAUCCUCUUUAAAAAGCCUUUUGCCGGUUGUGUCCCAUGUCCGUCGGUGCCGUCGCCCCUCAGCUGAGCUUAACUGGCCCCAGGACUCAACUGCGACCCCUCUGCGGGCUGGAGCGCCCCCCCCUCGAGGGGGUGCAGAGCCAUGAGACGUCGCCGGGAAAGAUCCAGUGAUUCGGCCAACUUCAGGAUCCAAGAAAUUCCAGAGAGGCACAAGGAAAGCCAAGUUUAGACACGUUUUGGUUCAUUUUAUUACAUACGAUAAGAAAAACAUUUUAUUUUUUUUUAUCCCCGUCGGUGGAAUAGGGUUCACUGACCCCACGAGGUGUGUUGGGGGUCUGCGCUGCCGGUGGGAGGGAAAGAGAAAACCAUGUUUAACUUGCGGAUUUCAGUAAAUGAGAGACUUUUUUAUCGGUUUUUUUUGAACAAAAUAAGCAUGCCGUCCAACCUGGGCGGCCUUGCGCGCUCUGAAAUAGUGCGUGUCCUCAGUCCGACCCCAGCGUUACCCUGCCUUUGCCUUUGCAUUUAUUUUUACAGCUCCCACCAGCUUUUUUUUGGCUGGUAACCUCUUAUUUUGGGAGCCUUACGGACCAGCACGUGGCUUCAGCUCCUCGGCGGGAGACGAGGCUCUACAAACCCGCAGAGUUUUUAAGUCCUUGCUUUUGGGGAUGAACCUUUGAGGGGGGGGGGGAGAAAAAAAAAAACAAAACCCAAGACUUGGAGUUGUUUCAAAGAAGGGGUCGUUCAUUAUUUGCCAAAAAAACUUUUUAUGUAGAGGGUGGGGGGGGAAAGAAUCUGUUGUAAAUUCUGACAAAUGAGCUUUUUAGGAGUGUGUAAGGUUAGUUUUAGUAGUUAUUUUUUUAAAUGGGGGUAAAAAAUCAUAAGCCCUUAGAUGCUGAAGAUCUUCGCGAUGCUGAAGACGAGGUUGUCGCCUUGUUCCCCUCGUUGUGAACUGCCAAAAAAACACUUUUCCGUAUAAAACAUGAAAUUCCACUGGCUUGUUACCGGGGGCGAGAACACCACAUGUUUUCUUAACGAUAAUAUAUUUUUGUACUGUAUUUUUUACUGCUGGCCUUGGGCACGCACCGAUGGGAGGGAGAAGAGGAAUUUGUUCUGUUCCGGGGCCGGGUGCGCUCGUUUUUUAUCUCUUCGGGAGGGAAUCUGCUAUUUUUUUGGUGUGAACCGACUGUUCCUGGCGACUCUGGGAGGCGCAGCGUUUUUCUGAGGGACUGAUAACGAACUGGCACAUUUGGUUCCCGUAUUAAACGGAAUUUGUUUUGGCAAACGCUUGUUUGGGUUUUUCCUGCAGUUCAGCAUCGCUAAAUCCAGCGCUGUGCCAAGGAGGGGAUGUUCAGGACCCGGGUUCACCCCAAAUCUCGCGCCGUGGGGCAGAGCGGGGCUGUCCCAGUAGCCUUUUGCCCCACAAGCUCCAUUACUCUGGGGUGUCAAAGGCUCUUUAAGUGCAGAAGUUUUCUUCUUUGACCAAAAAAUGGGUGUUUCUCGAGCAGAGCCCGUCCUGCGGGGCACCCUUGGGGGCACCGGGUUCCUGCAGCUCCCCCCCGCGCACCCCCAGGAUCCCGCGCAACCUCUUCCCCACGCGACCCAGGUCCUCGUGCACCCUGAUAAACUGCACCCCGAUACUACCCUGCGCCCUGGUCCCCAUCCAUCCCAGUCCCCGUGAACCCCGAUAAACCACGCGCCCUGCUCCCUGUG